AUCUAGGAUUCCGGGCGUCGGCGUCCUCACUUCCGCCCGGCCUUCCUGGACUCCCUAAGUUCUCUGAGUCUCCGCGGUGUGCUUCUUCCUCGCGACAGUUUCCGCAGCCUGGGCGGGAAGGCCGAGUGGCUGCGGGCGGGCGGGAUGAGCGUGGUGCGGACGCUGCGGGUGCCGGGCCGUCACGGCUACGCCGCCGAGUUCUCCCCAUACCUGCCGGGCCGCCUGGCCUGCGCCGCCGCGCAGAACUACGGCAUCGCGGGCUGUGGAACCCUUUUAGUAUUGGAUCAAACUGAAUCUGGACUACAGAUUUUUAGAAGCUUUGACUGGAAUGAUGGGUUGUUUGAUGUCACCUGGAGUGAAAACAACGAGCACGUCCUUGUCACCUGUAGUGGGGAUGGCUCACUGCAGCUCUGGGAUACUGCCAAAGCCACAGGGCCCCUGCAGGUCUACAGAGAACACACUCAGGAGGUGUAUAGUGUUGAUUGGAGCCAAACCAGAGGUGAACAACUCGUGGUGUCUGGCUCAUGGGAUCAUACUGUCAAAGUGUGGGAUCCUACUGUUCAGAAUUCUCUCUAUACCUUUACUGGGCAUGAAAGUGUCAUUUACAGCACAAUCUGGUCUCCCCACAUCCCUGGUUGUUUUGCUUCAACCUCAGGUGAUCAGACUCUGAGAAUCUGGGAUGUGAAGAUGGCAGGAGUCCGAAUUGUGAUUCCAGCACAUCACACAGAGAUCCUGAGCUGUGACUGGUGUAAAUACAACGAGAACCUGGUGGUGACAGGAGCGGUUGAUUGUAGUUUGAGAGGCUGGGACUUAAGGAAUGUACGACAACCUGUCUUUGAACUUCUUGGUCACAAGUAUGCUAUUAGGAAGGUGAAAUUUUCGCCAUUUCAUGCUUCGGUGCUGGCCUCUUGUUCCUAUGACUUCACUGUAAGAUUCUGGAAUUUUUCAAAGUCUGAUCCACUUCUGGAAACAGUGGAACAUCAUACGGAGUUUACUUGUGGCUUAGAUUUCAGUCUGCAGAGUCCCACCGAGGUGGCUGACUGCUCCUGGGAUGAAACCAUAAAGAUCUAUAACCCUGUUUGUCUCACGGUUCCUGGCUAAGAUGUGCUGUCCUAGUCUGAACUGGGAUAUUGACCGAUGAACUACUUAACAACCUAACAUUAACUACCGAAAGCAUAGAAAGCAGGCCUUUGUAGAUUCUGAGAUUUCAGAAUUUUCAAACUUGCACUGAAAUCAGUUUUAAGGCAGCUGAUAAAGACAUUGUAUUAUAUUGUAAGACAUAAGCCAUAUUUUCUGUAAUCCUAAAAAAUAAUUGUUAUGACAUAUAUUGUAAUGUCUGUUAAAAUGUUAUCUCUGUAUUGUAAAAUGGACAAAAAUAUGGGAGGUUAGUAGAUUACAUGAACAGUAAUAUAUUUCAUUUUGAAUUUGUCAUUUUGAAUGUAAAAUAUAGCCAUCCUUAUUGAUAAAAAUCAAAAUAAACUGCAUUUCUUGAUUGUGUGUCAUUUUGUGACAUCCUAAUAUGGUUGCCUUUUAAAACUGUGUUGUGUAUGUGGAUAUAUUCUUGUAUUUAAUGUAGAUGUAGCUUAUGUUUCUGUGUGAUCUCUAUGUAGGUUUACAUUAUUUGGCAGUUGUUUACUGCACAUCUACCACGUUUCUGACAUACCAUCAGAGGGAGUUCUCUCAGGAUGGUGCU